GGCCCCGCCCCUCCCUAGUCCAGCUCUCCUUUUGGAAGCUGAGCCUCCCAGGCUCUGCGCGCCCCUCUGUGACGGACGAGUCUGCACCAGGUCGGACAGCCCGUGGCACCUCAGACACUGAGCUGCAGGUGGAAAGGGGGUGAAACCCACUGUCUGGCCAAGUUCUGACCACCUGCCUGGGCCCCAGAAGCUCCGCCAGCCUGUCCCCUGGCCAGGACUCCCCCUCUCCCCCAGGGGUCCUCAAGCCCAAGGGCCUGCGGCUGUGAGGUCCAGCCCAGCGGAGGCCCGCCCCCAGCCAGCAUGCAGCCCCCGGAUUUCAGCGUGCAGUACAGCAGGUGGGAGGAAGUCAGUGUGGGGGCUGCGUCCGGCACCGGCACGGAAGAGGCCUCGAGUUGGGAGCGACUCUCCCUGAAGCUGUGCUCGGGCAAGCUGGGUGUCGCCAUGAAGGUGCUGGGAGGAGUGGCCGUCUUCUGGGUCGUCUUCAUCCUGGGCUACGUUGCCGGCUACUUCAUACACAAGUGCAAAUGAGUGCUGGCCACAGGCCAGCGGGGGCAUGGGCUGGAGGGAUAUGGGCGUAGGAGAGCCCCUCUGUACACCCCCCAUGUACACAGACCCUCUCCACAGUCCCAGAGCCCGGGACACACCCAGCAUGCAGGACACGCACAGGGACCUGUGUGUACAGUCACAGGCCCCUCCACGGGUGCACGGACAGGGACACCUGCGUGCAAGGACACUUGCCCAUGACCAGCACAGGCGUGCCUCGCCCGGGGCACCGGUGGCCUGGAGACCUGGGACCAGCCCGAGCUGGGGCUGCAGGCCAAGGCCCCUGGGACUGGGUGGCUGUUGUCCCCCUGGGCGAGGGCCGGGUGUGGCUCCCCUGGGGUGGGGUCCUCCCUGGGUGGGCGUGGUGUGGGGCUGGACAGGCCCCUGAUCUCUCUGGCCUGGUGACUCCCCAGUGCCAGGACGGCUCUGAGGGAGGCUGAGUGUGACGCUCUGCCCCCCCUCUCCGGGCCCCCACCCCCUUCCUGGGCCCCGCACCUCGCAGGGGUGCCUGGGGAGGGCUGUGCACGCCCGGGAGCAGUCAUUAAACGUCUGUUGAGUGAACACGGAUGAUGGCCUCUCCCACGGGUCCCCCAGGCGAGGUGCGGCUCAGGCACUUCGGGAGGCCCGCUGGGGGGCACUGGACAGCUGCCAGGAGGCCUGUGGGAAGGGCCAUGGAAGGGCCCAUCCUGGCAGGGCCUGAGGGCCAGGAUGUGGCCAGACCUGUUCCAGCCUCGUCUGACUGCAGAGACCAGGCGCGGUGGCCUGUGGCCCCGCCCCCCUCCUGGGCCUCUCGCUCAGCCCUGGCCUCUUGCAGACAUUUGUCUCAGGCCCUGCAGACACCUGCCAGGGACAUCUGAGGGGUGAGGGUGGGGAAGAGGGGCAGCCACUGUCCUGCUGGGCCCUGUGUUAAGACCCAGGUGUCAUGCCAAGCUGGCAGAGGUGGGCAGGGGACAGAGACCCCACCGGGCAGGUCUGUGGGUGAGGCUGGGCCAGGGGGACAUCAGGUGAAGGAGGCCACAGCACCCAGUGACCUCUGGGAGGGAGGCCAGCUGCAGGUGGGGUCUGGCCAGCCAGCUCUAGUUCUGGGUCUCAGCACCUGCCUCCGAGGAGACCCUGCCCCCACCCUCUGGCCCACCUGGGGGGGAGGGGUGUAGCUGGGCCCCACCCUGCUAGAGGCCCUCCUAGGACAGGCCGUGGCGGCUGUGGACAGCUGGCAGCGUGGGCCAGAGGCGCAGGGCCCAGGCCUCCCAGGCCUUCAACAGCCUGGGCCCAGAGCUGGAAGGCGGGGGUUGGGGUGUUGGGGGAGUGGUGGCCUGGUUGCCCCUGCCCACCGUUCCCCGCCCCCCAACUUCUCUGCCGCCCUUUGGGCUCCAAGGCUGCGAUCCCCGCACAGCUACUGAACUACUGGGCUGCUGGGUACAGCUGGGCUGACCCAAGGUCCAAAGUGACUACUGGCCUAGGGCAAG